UGCGUCACAUAGGAGAGGUCUAUUCGUAGGUGACGUAAUGAGGCCUCGACGGGGAGUUUGUACGCCGCCUAAGAAAUCGCUAUCCCAUAAUGCCUAACUGGAAGAGAUUGGUUUGUGAGCAAACGAACUCUGGCGGAAGUUUGCAUAGAUCUAUGUCAAAUGAGCGAGACAUUCGAGGAGUUCCGAUUGACGGCGUUCCUAUUGAAAGUCACAUGAUUAGAAAAUGGCGUUCUCCUGCACGCAGAUAGUGUUGAUGGUGGGGAUGUUAGUUACAGGCAGUAUUAACACAUUGAGUAAAAAGGCACAGAACGAUUGCAUCGUGAAAGGCUAUCCAGAUAGAUCAGCGAACAACACAUCCAAGCCACAUGAGUUCAACCACCCAUGGUUUCAAACCCUCAUCAUGUUCAUCGGUGAAGCUAUUUGUUUGGUGGGUUUCGUGAUAGCUAGGAAAAGAGAAAGAGAUAAAAUGAAAAAUGAGUUCUCAAUCACUGAGGUAGACGAACUUCCAAAGCAGUACCAGAACAGACUUAUACAGUUUGUGGUAGCGUUUCCAACAGUUUGUGAUCUGAUUGGAACAUCUUUAGCAGGGAUUGGUUUGGUGUAUGUUGAUGCCUCCGUGUGGCAGAUGUUGAGGGGAUCAAUCAUUAUAUUUGCUGGAGUGUUAUCUAAAAUCUUUCUGAAAAGAAAAUUACGAAUGGUGCAUUGGAGUGGCAUGCUUGUCACCAUGUGUGGACUGAUCCUAGUGGGAUGCUCCAGUGUGUUUCAGAACAGGUCAUCAAACACUGCGGGAUCAAAAACUCUCCUUGGUAUUGUGCUCAUAUUAGGAAGUCAGGUUGUUAGUGCGAGUCAAAUGGUGAUAGAAGAACUGUUUCUGAAGAAGAGGAAUCUUCAUCCGUUACAUGUUGUUGGAAUGGAGGGCAUAUAUGGUGUUAUCAUGAUGUCUGCAAUAGUGUUGCCUGUGAUGUACUAUGUUCCUGGGUCUGACGUAAACAACAGCUAUGAGAACAGCCUGGAUGCCCUGUAUCAGAUCUACAAUGAGCCCAGAUUAUUGGUCUUUUGUAUUCUAUACCUCACAUCCAUAGCCUUCUAUAAUUAUUUUGGACUGGCAGUAACUAAGUCCCUGACAGCUGUACAUAGAACUCUGAUUGAUGCCUGCAGAACAAUCCUAGUGUGGGGAGUGGAUCUAAUAAUAUACUAUGCAUUUGAUAAGGAUUUUGGUGAACCUUUUGACAAACAGUAUGGGCUUUUACAAGUGGAUGGUUUCCUGUUCCUGAUGAUAGGCACAGCUCUUUAUAAUGAGCUCAUCCACGUAGACUGCAUUCCCUGCCUCCGACAGCCAAUCAAAGAUGUUGAGUACAGUGUCAACACCAGUCCUCGUCACCACGGAAACAUACAAAGUGCCGAAUUCUCCGACUCUGAUGAAAUUAACACUUCUGAAAGGACGCCAUUGAUACAGGAUUAAAGUAUACCUUAGUAGAAAACUUGUUUUUUGUCAGGACCAUAAACUUUCUGUGUAAGUUACAAGUAGCAUUAUACAUACAAUUGAUUAUUCCAUUAUUUUUAUACACCUGUCUUUUCAUGGGUCAUAUUAUGCUAUUGGCUCGCCUGUCUGUAUGUACAACUGUUAGCUUUUUCAUGUAUGGGUCAUCUCUUUCAUACUGUGAAGCUUAGGACUAUCAUACCUGAUUAGUUGAUGCAUCUUGGGUGGGGGGUUAAAGUGUAUCAUGACCCAAAAGUAGGUCAUUGUAUCAUGACCCAAAAAUAGGUCACUGUGGCCUAAUAGAAUUUCAUACUCGUAUACAUUUGAAUACAUACUCAAUUAUGUCCAGAUCAUGUUUUGCACGCUGUGAUAUUUAUGACCAUCAAACUUUGUCAGUUGAUGCAUCUUGGUGGGGUGGGGGGUCAUGACCAUAUGCAUAGUUCCUCCUGUAUACCAGUAUCUAUAAUCCCAAAACAUUUUCAGCAGAAUUAGGGCAUGUACAUAUGUAUAUACUUUGUGUUGUUUUCACAGUUCUUCAAAUCAGGAAAGUGUGAUUUAUAUCAGGGAUAGAUAAUGGUUCUGUUAUUGAUCAGCUCUUGAAUGAUAAUUACUUAUUGCUUGUGAAAAUUCAAAGGAAGAAAAAAACUUUAAAAAGCAGCAAUAUAUCUUGAAUGACAUUCCUCAAACAUGCACUGUUUAUUUUUCAAACUUCACAUUAAGAUUAAGUUGAGAUAUAUUAAUUGCAGACUCAAGGAAAAACCUUCAAGUGAAAAUAUGAGUAGCAGUUGAAUUUUCGUAAGUUUACUCUUUUGUUUAUAAUGCAUGAACAAUAUUAGGUACUGUAUUGUUUAAUCAUGAAUGUUCAUACAUGUAAUUGUUUAUUUCCUGUGAUAUUUCUAUAAAAACAUUAAAAUUUAUAUAUGUUGUGUGGAAAAGUGGUUUCAGUAUUUUUUUUAAUUUUUAAUUUUUUGGGUUUUUGUUGUUGUAUAUUUUGAAACUUUCUCUAUUUCCUUUUUGGAAGGUAUUUUCAUUGUAUAUAUUCAUUGUAAAAUUACUCAACUGACUAUAUAGAAUUGAGAAAAUAUUGUUCAAGUAAUAUAACAAAAGAUGAAAAAUUAUUUUUGUAUAUGAGUAUAUGUUUUGAUAAUAUGAAAUAGAAGUAUUAUAUGGGUGAAUAGUGAUAUUGUUGUACAGUAUGCUUGCAUUCAGUCGUAGCUAUAGAGUUUCAGGUACAUGUUAUGAACAAUGGAACCUUGUGAGGAAAUGUUCAGAAAAUUUAUAUAAUUGAUAAAAAGAUACUCAAUAUAGGUUAUGUAUAUACUGUAAUGAUGUGCAUUGUAUAUUUUUAUGUUUGGAUACAAUCUCUUUUUUAGAAAUAUAAAUUUUCAACAUUGUGUAUUGUUUUCAUGGAACAUAAAUAUAUGUGACUUCA